AUGUGGAUACUCACCACUGGAACAGGUUGUGCAUUUUCUUAAUUAUAUGUACAUAAUUUUAUCCUCAUGUUGCCUUGUCUUUUCUCUAAUGUAGAGCUGAAACUUUAAAUACUGAAUUCAUUAUCUGCAGCUGGAGUAGCAAGUUUAUCAAUAUUAUGUUUAAAUCUUAAUAAGAUUAAUCUCUAUAUUGCUAUGAUUCCAAAGCUUUUACAUUAGUUAUGUGUUGAUAAAUUAUUGAUAUGUUAGUUUUCUUAUACUGCUUUCUUCUGCUUUCUUCUACUGAUUCUCGGCGUGCAUAAUAUCUAAUACAAGGUAAGAAGGUGCAACUCGCUUUACUUUUUAAAUUGCAAUAGUCUAAUAUUGCAUAUGAUUAAAAUUUCUACCUUUCUUAUUAACUUUAAUAAAUAUCUAAGCAGUAAAGCCACACUUCUGAUUAAUAAAAUAUUACUUAUACGCACAAUUUCAAUAAAUAUAGUAAUCGUGGUAUUACUUCUUCUAAUGUAUAUAUUGGGUUUCAGCAUUCAUUUUCCUAACUUGCAGUAAUUAAAUACAAACUUAGCUUUUCUUAUGGGUUUAACAUUUAGCUAAACUAAUGCAAAUCGAUGGUCUUGUGCUAAGGAAGUCCUUUUAAUAAUUUAGACUUUGGGCCUUGGUGUUCGUUCUCUCCUUGCAUCAUGUCCUGUUCUCAUGUUUAUUAUUCUUCUACUAAUGGUUUGUACUUGCCAAUAGAAGGGUUUAUAAAAUGUAAUAAAAACUAUCUGUGACUUAUUUAAAAAUAUCUUAUAGGAUAUUACUUUAAUAAUACAACUUAAGCUUUUUGACUUUUUGUUGUAUAAGUGUGCUGAGGACUCAAAUGUUACAACUAUAAGCAUCCUUCAUCAUCUCAAAAAGAUAGAUUUUGAUGGAAGAUCUGAUAUUGUACAUAUUCUAACAUUUCAACUUAUUUCUGUAUUCAUAGAGGUUUCUAUUUAUUAUUUCCUUCUUGCACUUAAUGUGAAAAUCCUCCUCAUUCUUGAUAAUGCGAGAAGUGGAUAUUUUUUGUGA